AGGCGACCGGACGAGGUGGCGGCUCAGUUCACGUUGGCGGGAGCUGAGCGAUCCGUCUGGCUUUGGCUCUCCGCACCGGGCUCGCUCUGCUCUAGGGGGUUGCGGGCAGCGCCCCCCGCCCGGGGCCGGCAGGAUGCGGGUGGCCGUGGCCGGCUGCUGCCACGGGGAGCUGGACAAGAUCUACGAGACGCUGGCGCUGGCGGAGCGGCGCGGCGCGGGGCCCAUCGACCUGCUGCUGUGCUGCGGCGACUUCCAGGCGGUGCGCAACGAGGCGGACCUGCGCUGCAUGGCGGUGCCCCCCAAGUACCGCCACAUGCAGACCUUCUACCGGUAUUACUCUGGAGAGAAAAAGGCCCCAGUUCUCACAGUCUUCAUUGGGGGAAACCAUGAAGCCUCAAAUCAUUUGCAAGAGUUACCCUAUGGUGGCUGGGUAGCACCAAACAUUUAUUAUUUAGGUUUGGCAGGUGUAGUAAAAUACCGAGGUGUAAGGAUUGGUGGAAUCUCUGGUAUCUUCAAAUCUCAUGACUAUCGAAAAGGUCAUUUUGAGUGCCCUCCUUAUAAUUCAGCUACAAUAAGGAGUAUAUAUCAUGUGAGAAAUGUUGAAGUGUAUAAAUUAAAACAGCUGAAGCAGCCUAUGGACAUAUUCUUAUCUCAUGAUUGGCCAAGAAGUAUAUACCAUUAUGGAAAUAAGAAGCAACUUCUUAAGACUAAAUCUUUUUUCCGACAAGAAGUGGAAAAUAACACCUUAGGAAGUCCUGCUGCCUCAGAGCUUCUAGAGCACUUAAAACCAACUUACUGGUUUUCCGCACACCUUCAUGUGAAGUUUGCAGCCUUGAUGCAGCAUCAGGCCAAGGAUGAAGGAGAGACUGCCAAAGCAACCAAAUUUUUAGCCUUGGACAAAUGCUUACCACAUAGAGACUUUCUUCAGGUAAUAGAAAUAGAUCAUGACCCCAGUGCUCCUGAUUACUUAGAGUAUGAUAUUGAAUGGCUCACUAUUCUCAGGGCUACAAACAACCUUAUUAAUGUAACUGCACGCCUGUGGAAUAUGCCUGAAAAUAAUGGCCUGCAUACAAGGUGGGAUUACAGUCCAACAGAAGAAGCUAUGAAUGAAGUAUUGGAAACAUUGAAUCGUGACCUCAAAGUUCCAUUUAACUUUAGCGUGACGGCUGCUUGUCAUGACCCAAGCAAGCCACAGACACAAAUGCAGUUGGUUCACAGGAUCAACCCUCAGACCACUGAGUUUUGUGCCAAACUUGGCAUCACAGACAUUAAUGUCAGUCUUCAGAAGGCCAAGGAAGAACACCACUUGAGUGGUGACUAUGAAGAGCAGGAUGAAGGGGGCAGCAAUGACUCUGGAGAGGAGCCCAGUGAAUAUAACACAGACACCUCUGCCCUGUCCUCUGCUAAUCCCGAUGAAAUAGUGUUAGAGGAGGAAGAGGAAGAGGAAGAUAGUUUUGUAAGUGCUCAUAGUGACAUGAAUACAACAUCCCUAGAACCUUCUUCUGACCAGGCCUCUGACUUUUCUGCAAGCUUCUCUGAUGUCAGGAUCCUGCCAGGUUCCAUGUUUGUUUCUUCGGAUGAUACAUCGGGUUCCCCGGUUAGCAGAGAGGGGAAACCUGGCGAGGCUGUGGAGUCUGAAGAUGGGAAGGACUUAACCAGAGCGCCAGGGAAAAGGCUGAGUGAUGAGUCUGUACCCGAACAAAGAAAGAAAAUUAAGAGGAGGAAUCAAGCCAUCUAUGCUGCAGUGGAUGAUGACGAUGGAGCAUGAGAGUGUUUGUCUUAAUGUGUAUACAGAUAUGUGAUUUUUAAGACCAUAUUUUUAGAGUUGGGUUUUUUGACUCAAGACUAAACUUUGUAAUAAUGAAGUUAUAUAGAGAAUUGACUUUGCCCUUAGGCCCUUGUAUAUUUCAUAUACAAACAUAUUAAAAUUUCAUGUCUUUACUA